CCGCCUGUGAUAAAAAAUCCAUGGCUCUUGUAGAGACACAUGGUCAAUAAUAUUGCGAGUAUCAAUGAAUACUGACAAUAUUGUUAACCGUGUAGAGUUAAUAUUGAUAUAUUGAUGUAUAAUGUUAACGGUUCCGAAUGUCUUGAGUCUUGAGCAUUAAUGUUUCAUUCAGCAAUAUUCUGCAGGAGACGUCCGAAACGUACGACAGAUGGUAGAAAACUGAUCUGGUGGAUGGAGUGUAAGAUGCUGCUUGAAACGAGAAAGUAUGAGGAAAGUCACUUUCAUCGAUAUUCCGGGGGAUAAUUCCGGGACAGGUUCAAGAAACUGACACAACAUCGAAGCACUUGGUGCAUAAAAAAAACAAGAACACUGUUUAUUGAUUAAAGAGAUUUCAAUUAUCAAUUCUAAUUGGAUCGAAAAAAUGCAUAUAUUUUCAAAAAAUAAGAUUUUCAAACGUUUCUAACAAUUUUUGUAAAGUGUGGUAAUAAGAAAAGAAUAAGUGCAUGUUUUAAAAUAUAUAACAUUCAAAGAAUUCGUGGUUCAUAAUAAUAUGCAGCUGUGAAUGUACAUACAAAGACUAAAAAUUGAUAAUGAAACGUACAGAUUUGUAAAUAAUAUAUAACGAAUUUACAUGAUUAUUUAGAAAUCUAAAUAAUUCUACGCAAUACUUAACGUACAAUUUUUUAAAAUAUUUGAGAGCCUUUUCUUAAUGCAUUAUAUCUGCGAUAUAAUAAAAUUUCAGAUGUUUCCUGCGUUACCGACGAUUCAAAUUAUCUCUUGAGUUGUGUGUGAGUUUUGUUCCCGCUAAAGUGACUUCCAUUUUACUCUACAAAAAUGCCGGCGAUUCCUAGGUUAUUGUAGGUUAUUUAGGGCAACAUUGAAAACACGUGUUGACAAGGACUACAUGAUUAAACGUGGCAAUGCUUGAUUAUACCUAAUAUCGAGGUAUCUUGUUAAUCGUGUUUAAUUAGCCUCAAAACAAUGGAAGGUUUCUGUCCGCUGUGCGCAAAGAACGGGACUCGAAGAAGAGUCAAGGCAUUUCAGAUUAAUCUGGAAGAAGCGGUAUGGGCCUGUGAGUCAGAGGAAUGCAUCUGGCCGUUCGGUUACGAGGAUUUAAAGUUCUUUGCUAGGCCUGCUAUCUCCUGCAAGUGGGAGGAACCGAAGCCUGUUGAAGAAGACAAUGCAUCUGCGCUGAUGGAACUCUCGCUCUACACACCGCCCGUAACUCCUGGACAGGAACUCUCCAAAGAGCAAACCGAGAUUGCUAACGCGGAGUCAAAUCCUCCAAUGGAAGAUAAAAUUGGAACGUUGCCUAAAUGCGAAUUUCUUAUGUCACUGAAGGAUUCUACUGGUUCAAAUAAAUCAUCGCUGUUUGAGCCACUUGAGUUUGGAGGCAUUAAUUGCACUGAAGGAAACGGUAGUCUUAUGAAUGAACAGAUUACAGGCGUUAAUAUUAGUAAGGCACUGCCCAGGAUUACCAGCAUUGAAAAGACGAAUAUUAAUCUUAGACUUUUUUCUAAUACUGGUGAAUACAUAUAUUGUGAUAAUAGAAAAGUACAGACACAAUUGCCCAUGAAUACAACUGUAACGAACACUUUGCAGAAUCUCGAUUUAUCUGAUAGUGGAUGCACAGAACUUGCUUUAAAUAUGUUAUGUAAAAUUGGAAGUGAACAGUGUGAAAGUGGCAAGUUGCAAUCAGAUGCUACGGCGAAUGGUGUGGAGUCACGUUUAACACUACCGGAAAACACAAAAAUGCUAGUCGAUGUAGAUGGUACAAAUAGCUUAAAUACGACAAAUGUGUCAACUGGUGACAUUGACACGCUGUUGGAGGAAAUUAUGAACAAUGAAGGUCAUUUAACGCAGAUAAAUGACGAUUGGUUAAACUCGUUGAUGAGUUGACAGUAAUUUACAUUCAUUAUUAUUUAAUGCAAUAUAGAUUUUACUAAACAAAGACUGAAUUAUAUAGUGAAAGAGAUCAGGGUAUGUAUUACCACUUGGAAUACAUUCAGAAUUAUUAUAUUUUUCCUGAAAAACAAUGGAAAUCAAGAACAUAAUAAAGCAAUUCCGAUCGGAAUCCAUUUGGUUUCAUAAUAUUUUGAUUGCCAUUGAUUUUUAUAAAAUGUGAUACUGAAAUGACUUACCAUAUUAAAGUAUUAUUAUAAGAAACAGGAUAUUUCUAUUACAUUUGUUUAUUGCGUUAUUACGUUUAUUUUUAAAAGUGUCAUAAUUAAAUUACAGUACAUUACUUGUACAGUAGAAAAAAUAGAAUAGGAAAUUACUUGACUUACAGGAAAUUACUUGACUUUGUCCAAGAAAUGGAAGAAAAACGAUCAAAUAAAAUUUUAUUAAUUUUAGGAUAUAAAAAGAUAUCAUUUUUUUAAUAAGUUAGAAGAGGAAUGAUUAUUACUUUACUAAACGAUUAUUUGUGUAUCUUGUUUCAUUUUAAGAUUGAUUAUGUCGCAAAGCUCCACAUUGAAUUUAAAGUGUUAAAACUUUUGUUUCAAGCGCUCAAUCCUAAUACUCUGAAAAUAUAUGUUUAUUUGUAAUAAACUGUCUAAAACAUGCA